CCCGCCGCGCCCAUGUCGGCCCCCGCCGCCGGCUCCGACCUGAAGCGGGCCCUGGACAGCAGCCCCGAGACCACCCUGGCGGGCGAGCUGCCCGAGCCGCCGCCCGAGCCCAUGCCCAAGAACUACCUGCUGCUCUCCAUCUUCUCCUGCUUCUGCCCCUCCUACCCCAUCAACAUCGUGGCCUUCGUCUACUCCGUCAUGGCUUUAAAUAGUUAUAAUCAAGGAGACAUAGAUGGAUCAAAAAGACUAGGUCGCAAUGCACUGUGGGUUGCUGUUGCAUCAAUUAUCAUUGGCCUUGUGAUCAUUGGAAUCUUUUGUGUAGUUCAUUUCACAACGAAUGUUAUCUGAAGACCAGGACUAAGCAUGAAGAAUACUAUCCUCUAAACCUCUGGGAAUGAAAAGUGUGAAGAAGAAGAAGAAAAAUCCUUCAUUCCAGACUUAGAUUUUACCCUACAAGUCUCUCUCUAGAGGCAAGUUGCUGGUGGAUGAGCUAAUAGUCCAAAAUUAGUGAAUGAAAGUGGUGUGUCCACAUGUGCAAUGUAUUUAUUGACAAAAGAAUUUCAGUCUAAAUCAACACACACCCUCCUGUUCUAGUGUCCAAUGAGUACUUGGCCUUUAACGACUGACUUCCCCUUCUCUUUUAUUUAGAAUGUAUCCUGGAUCCAUGGAUGUUUGCCGGCUGAACUUAGUGAAACAAAGCCAACUUGUCUAUGCUGUUUACAGUUUGUGAUUUAGGGCCUAGUCCAAAGCCCACUGAAGGUAGUAGAAAGAUCCCCAUUGACUUUAGCAGGCUUUGGAUUAGGCCCUUAAAGAUUUGUAUUAUAUUUUAAAACUGUCUCAGUGUAUAGUAAUCAUAAUAAUAAUGCAUUUAUGAUAAUUUUUACAUGCCACAAAUUCACCCUGAAACUGCAGCUAUUUCCUUCUGAGAUCCUGAGCUUUACACUCUUUCACUUUGGAUUUUUCACUAUCCAAAGGCUGAUGUCAAUCACUUGAAUAUUAAGGAAUCUCUUGUUCCAUGCAACAAAUCUCAAAGUAUUCUCCAAACGAUCUUUCUGUUGUCCUCCACUGCUCAACCACCUCCCAUUGGCCUCCGUCUGGCAUCAAACUUGCACUGAGCUCAUUUUCAUCUUUAAAUUUGUCCAGUCUGUGUAUAUAAGAUCAUUUUCUCUUCUUUUCUUUUGUCAAAUGACCUGUAUUUUAGUAAUAUGCUUCUCCAUCCAUUUUUACAGUGCCUCUAGCAAAUUAGUUUGUUUCCUUGUACCUCACCUUGAUAACUGUUUUUUGUUUCAUUCACUAUCUUGUCCUCCCAUGAACAAAGAGGUGAAUCCUACCACCCUUACUGAUGUUGCAGACUUUCUUACUAAUAACCCAAUGACUGCUGAGUGCAAAACUGCCCAACAUACAUAAGGGAACAGAAUCUGCCUCAUAGCUAAUACAAUUUCCUGGCAUUUUAUCAAAGCACAGAAUUAUAGUUACAUUUUCUGGAUUGAAAACUUGUUGAAAUAACAAAUAUGUUCUGUAACCAAUACAUUCUGUGCCCAAGAUUAACAUGAUGGGCCAGAUACUCCAUUGAUGUAGGCCAUUGUGAUUCCAUAGACUUUUCAUUAUUAUUACAACUUCAGUUUGCCUUGCAUUUACACUGUUAUAAAUCAGGAAUGACUGCACUGAAGUUAGUUGAAUUCUUCUGACUUUACAGGCCUACUUGUGGGGGAGAAUUGUGCUUGCAAUGAGUGCAAAUAUAGUAUCAUGAGAAUAAUCUUCUGAAACCUAUACCUGUCAAAGUAUAUACACCUGGUAACAGAGUGUAUAUGCCAACAGAGCUGCGGUUUGUUCAUUUCUCCCAAAUUGUGUUUUUCACUGAAGUCAGUAAUACAAACUGUUCUUAAAUGAUGUUCUUUCAAAUCUUUUUUGAGUCCAGGAAAAACAAUUACUUUAUUAUUUACACUAGUAAAUUUUCUCCAGCUGGGAGUUUUGCCGCUGACUUCAGUAAGACCAGGAGCUGGCCCAUUCUGUGCACUUCCUAAUGAUGUUUGGACACUGGUUAAUUGGUCUCAAAUGUCUUGUGGGACUUUUUGUAGCUUGCAUUAUAUCAGAUGUAAUAAAACUGUCAUGGAGAGGCAAAAUAAAAUUGGUUUUCAUUAAUGUUCA